UCCUACAGAUCCAGCUGCUGAAAAUAUAUUAAGUAUAGACAAAGACAUCCAGAAGCUUCUUCAGACGUUCGGACAAAGACAUGUGGUUCUCAACAUCAAAGACAAACAGCAGAUUACAAAGAUGUUUGAGGUUGUGGACAAAAUUAGUGAUGCCACAAACAAACCACACUGUUAUACAAAGACAACAUUUCUACAUGCACAGAUGGACAAAGUCUUACAACAAGAUAAAUCCAUACAGAUGCAACAUGAUGAACUUGAGAAGCUCAAGACGAACCUGAUGACUUGUGAUGAAGUUGAAGGAAAAGACUCAGAUUGUCUCAGGAUUGUGCUGAUUGGGAAGACCGGCUGUGGAAAGAGCUCUACAGGAAACACGAUUUUAGGAAACGACAAGUUUAUAGCUGCAUCAAGUCAAAUGUCGGUCACAACAUAUUGUACGAAGGCAGAGGGUGAGGUGGACGGUCGUCCUGUUGUUGUGGUCGACACUCCUGGUCUGUUUGACACAGCUCUGUCCAAUGAAGAAGUUCAAGAAGAGCUGGUGAAAUGUAUCAGCCAGCUGGCUCCAGGACCACAUGUCUUCUUGGUGGUGAUAGGGGUUGGUAGAUUCACAGCAGAGGAGAGAGAAACGAUCAGGCUCACUAAAAGAUUCUUUGGGAAGAAUUCAGAAAAGUUCACCAUCAUUCUUUUUACAAGAGGAGAUGAUCUGGAGCGUCAGGGAGAGUCUAUUGAUGAUUAUAUCAAGAACAAAUGUCAUGAUUCCUUUAAGAAGCUGAUCUCUAACUGUGGAGGAAGAUACCAUGUGUUCAAUAACUCUGACAAACAAAACUGCACACAAGUCAGUGAGCUGAUAAAAAAGAUUGACACCAUGGUGAAGAACAAUGGAGGAAGCUUCUACACCAAUGAGAUGCUGCAAGAGGCUGAAGCUGCGAUAAGGAAGGAGAUGCAGAAGAAUUUAAAGGAGAAGGAAGAAGAGAUGCAGAAGGAAAAGGAAGAGAUUGAAAGAAAACAUAAGCAAGAAAUGAAAGCAAUGAAAAUAAGAAUGGCAGAAGAGAAAGAAAAAUCAGAAAAGGAGGGAAAACAGAAAGCUGAAGAACUCGAGGAAAUGAUGAACAAAAUUAAGGAAGAACAAGAGAAGAAGAAAAAAGAAGAAGAAAUGAGAGAAAAGGAGGAAAAGGAAAAGGACACUGGAGAAGAAAGAUAUCGACAACAAUUCAAAGAAGAACUUGAAAAGUUGGACAGACAAAUUCAUUUGGAAAAAGAGGCAAAGGAAAGUGUCGACAGACAGCUGGAAGAGACCAGAGAAGAGAUGCAACGAAACAAGAAGCCUGGGAGAAGAACGAAGAGAAGAGCGAGAGAAACAAAGACAAGAAGAUGA